AUGAUGCCCGCCAUCCCAGUCCCCGCCGGGGAGGAGCUGGCCAGAUUCUCGCAAAAAUCAAUAAUGGGCACCAUUUUCGAGACGACACAACGAUAUACCCAGUGGAAGCCCUUAGGCCUCGGUGUCUCAGGACUAGUCUGCUCCGCAAGGGAUCGUAUAGGCCACCGCACCGUUGCGGUGAAGAAACUCGCCGAACCAUUCCAGACCGAAGCCGUCGCCAGAUACAUGUUUCGCGAAAUCAAACUGCUUAGACAAUUACACCAUGAGAACAUCAUCAACCUUACCGACAUCUUCAUCUCGCCCUCCGAAGACAUAUACCUGGUCACGGAACUCAUGGCCACAGACCUAAACACCAUCCUCAAAGCAAAGCGGGUGGAAGACCAAUUCGCUCAAUACUUCAUGUACCAAAUCAUGCGCGGCUUGAAAUACCUCCAUUCCGCAGGGGUAGUCCACCGAGAUCUGAAACCGAGUAAUAUCCUCGUGAACGAGAACUGCGAUUUGAAAAUCUGCGACUUUGGCCUAGCCCGCAUCCAAGACCUCCAUAUGACCGGAUACGUUUCCACGAGAUAUUAUCGCGCGCCGGAGAUUAUGCUUACCUGGCGCAAAUAUAAUGAGAAGGUGGAUAUUUGGAGUGCGGGUUGUAUCUUUGCUGAACUUUUGACGGGUGAACCUUUGUUCCCUGGGAAGAAUCAUAUUAAUCAGUUUUGUGUUAUUACUGAUAUGCUGGGCAAUCCGCCUCCGGAGGUUGUUGCGAAUGUCACCAGUGAGAAUACGUUGAAUUUCGUCAAAUCACUCCCAAAGCGAGAACGAAAGCCCAUGUCACAGGUCAUUACUCAAGCCAAUACGGAUGCAACAAAUUUAAUUGACCGAAUGCUUCAAUUCGACCCCGACACCCGAAUCUCCGCCGCCAUAGCCCUUGAAACACCCUACCUAGCGCCCUACCACGACCCCACCGACGAACCAGUUGCAACAGAGACAUUCGACUGGUCAUUCCUCGAAGCUAAUCUGCCGGCUGAUAUUUGGAAAACUAUCAUGUAUGGCGAGGUUCUCGGAUUCCACGAAGAGAUGAAUGCCCCAGGCCAGACUGGGCCGAUGAAAUCGAUAAACCAGGUUGACGGGAUGGAUCUGGGAUGA